AAAAAUUUCAGUUCAUUUUUUGUUUUGUUUUCGUUUUCUGGGUUUGGGUUCUCAGAUUUUCAGCAAUGGAUGCGUUCUGUUCGGACUGCAAGAGGAGUACGGAGGUGGUGUUCGACCACUCCGCCGGCGACAUGGUCUGCUCGGAAUGCGGCCUGGUCCUCGAGUCCCACUCCGUCGACGAGACCUCCGAGUGGAGGACCUUCGCCAACGAGUCUGGCGACAACGACCCCAAUCGCGUCGGCGGCCCAACGAAUCCCCUCCUCACCGACGGCGGCCUCUCCACCGUCAUCUCCAAGCCCAACGGCACCACCAGCGAUUUCCUCUCCUCCUCCCUCGGCCGCUGGCAGAACCGCGCCUCCAACCCCGAUCGCUCCCUCAUCCUCGCCUUCAAAGCCAUCGGCGUAAUGUCCGAUAGGUUGGGUCUUGUAGCCACAAUAAAGGAUCGCGCGAACGAGAUUUACAAGAAGGUUGAAGAUCAGAAAUCAAGUAGAGGAAGAAACCAAGACGCUAUUCUAGCUGCAUGCAUAUACAUAGCUUGUAGACAGGAGGACAAGCCUCGCACAGUAAAAGAAAUUUACUCUGUCGCGAAUGGUGCAACCAAGAAGGAGAUUGGCCGGGCAAAGGAAUACAUAGUGAAACAAUUAGAGCUUGAGAUGGGUCAAUCGGUUGAUAUGGGCACCAUACAUGCAGGGGAUUUUAUGAGGCGCUUUUGUUCAAACCUUGGAAUGGCAAACCAUGCCGUUAAAGCUGCCCAAGAAGCUGUUACAAAGUCAGAAGAGUUUGACAUAAGGAGGAACCCUAUAUCUAUUGCCGCAGCCGUUAUAUACAUAGUUACCCAACUUUCAGACGAUAAAAAACCUGUCAAAGAUGUGUCGCUUGCAACAGGCGUAGCAGAAGGGACAAUAAGAAAUUCCUUCAAGGAUCUGUACCCACACCUCUCAAAGAUUGUGCCGAGUUGGUAUGCCCAGGAACAAGACCUCAAGAACCUCAACAGCCCUUAGCAUAUACUGCUUCUUUGUUUAAUCCUAACCUGCAUUACUCUUGUAGCCAAUUGUCUGGUUUUUGUUUAUGAGGAUCUCCGCAUUAUAAGCCUCAAAUGCAAAUAAUCCUCGUUAUGUAAUCACACUUGUGAAAUUCUGAACAGUUUGGGCUCUAAUCUUUUGAGUCUAUGAGAUAUUGUCUUUUGCUCUUGUAUGUUAUGUUUACCUUCACCUUUUCACUUCAUUGGAAGCAAUGGUGUAAGAUGCAUAGCCGAUGAACAUUAACUCAAUCAGCCUACAUUGCCUUCACAAGUGUUGCAAAAUCGACGGAGUCAAAUUAAGGAGUUUCGGAGUUUUUUUCCUGCUAGAAAGUAACCAGCGAUGACUAGGGCAAAAGAAAGAAUAAACUGAAUUUAACCUA